GCUGCCAAAAUAGUAAACACACGUUGGACUUGGCUGGUUGAGUCUUAUUUCUUCUGUACUGUCCACUAUCCUGAGUCUAAUUCCUUACAACAAUUGAAGAACAUAAAGCAAAAGAAUGAAUGGUUGCCAGGAAGUGUUCCUGUGUAUGAAACGGUCUAUCAGCAAUGAAGUUGGUGUCACUGAGUGGACAAGAUACCUUAACAGUUUUUUUUUUCACCUAAUUCUACCCUGUCUGCUUCUUCUGGAAAUACCGUAUAUCAUUCUGAUUCGCAGUUUCACACUUUGUGACUGUGUUUUGUUGCCAAAGUCCUGGGUACUGUACUGUACUGUUCAUACACUUAAAACUCAACAAUGGCAGAUGAAUGGAAGAAGAAAGUAAUCCAGGAGAAGUUGGGGGGAAAAAACGACUGGACAGAAGAAGAACGGGCUGAACUCUGCCGACAACUCGACCAAGACCUUGAUAAGCAUAUAGAUGAAAUGGGCAAGACCAAGUAUGAAGGAGGAUGGUCUGAAGACAAUUGGAAAGAACAAAUGGCAGAUCAUCCUCUGUUUGCACCAUAUGUCCAGGAGGAAGGUGUAACAAUGGGAGAGGAGGCACCAAUGAACCCACUGAGUGAAGGCCUGGCACAGAUUAAGUUUGACCCAGACCACAAUACUCCAGAAGAGGUUGCCCAGAGCUAUAAAGAGGAAGGUGUUCUACAAUUCAAGUAUAAGAAAUACAGAUUGGCUGUUUUGAAUUUCUCGGAGGGUCUGAAGCAAAAGUGUUCCGACAAUGAAUUGAAUGCCCAGCUCCAUAACAAUAGGGCAGCUGCCCAGUGGCACUUUGGUAAUUAUCGGUCAGCAAUUAAAGACUGUGAAAAGGCUAUUGAAUUGAAGCCAGAUUACUUGAAAGCUGCUUUGAGAGCAGUAGACUGUGCUACAAAAUUGAAAUCAUGGGAUGAAGUUUUCACGUGGUGUGACCUAGGCCUUAAACUGGAUCCCACCGAUCAGAAGCUGAAGACCAGUCGACUAACAGCAGUCAAAGAAAAGAAAUUACUGGAAAGAAAUCUCCGGAAAAAGGCUCAAGAAGAAAAGAAAAAAUUAAUGGAAGAACAAAAUCUCUUGAAUAUUAUUUCAAGUCGUGGCGUGAAACUUGGGAGUACAGUGGUGAAGGGUUCUUCAUCUCUAACUCUGGCAGACUUGGAACCAAGCCAUCCUGCAGCACAGGGUUCUCGUGUCCACAUCAAUGAGAAUGGAGAGUUAGUGUGGCCAGUGAUGCUCCUGUAUCCAGAGUAUCAUGAAAGUGAUAUUAUUCAGAAAUUCACAGAAAGUGAUUGUAUCCAAGAUCACCUGGAAGAUAUUUUUGGAAAUGACGCUCCAUGUGCACCAUGGGAUGCGGAGCAGAAAUACCGUGUUGAGAGUCUUAAGGUUUUCUUUGAAUACAAAGCAAAAGAUCAGCUGUGCAAAAUUGACCUUAAUCAGACUCUCCAACAAGUGCUUACUGAUCCAAGAUACUGUGUAUUGGGUGGAACUCCGGGUUUUAUUGUUCUCGUUGACGGCAGCAAAUUUACGAAGGAUUUUAUGUCAAAGUAUAAUGUGUGUACUUGAUAAUCUGUAGUUUUAUACAUACAGUAUAUACUGUAUAUCCAUAUUUAAAUGAGUAUUUAACAAAUGUAAUAUCAUGACCAUCACACUAUAUGGUAAAAUCAAUUAUUAACCAUAUUAUCCAUAUACACAGGAAGUGUAUAUUAACAGAGUGGAAAACCAUGAUGGAUUUUAUACUUCUGUAGUUUGCAUGUAUUGUGUUAAUUGUAGUAAUGUAUGCGAGAUGUAUGGAUUAGCAGCUUAGCAUAUACAACACUUACUUCCUGACUUAACAAUUUGGCAAGUGUAGGCUGUUGAGUGCAGUUGUACUGUUACCUUCAAUGCUCCCAAUUGGCCUGAUGGCUUAUUGGGUCCUUCUUGCAUGUGAGAUACGAGUGUGAUAUUUGCAUGCUAAAUUUUAACAGCAAUAAUUUGAGCUCAGAAACAUUUUAUACCAGAGAAGAUAUGACACUGAUAAGAGAAAUAUCUUAAAAGAAAUUAUGAGACGUAAACAAAACUGCUAUAAAUUCAUUUUAUAUAAACAAAUGAUUGAAAUGGGCCUAUAGCAACAUGCAUUUGAGUUACAUGACCACCAAAGAAAUAGAAUGUGAAUGAACACCUAGUGAAGGCUGUAAUUACAGUAAGUCCUUAAUUUCUGCUGGGUCUGUGUUCCUGGAGAGCACAGUAGAUACAGAACCUGCAGAACUAAAAAUAACUUAUGGAAGAUAAUGGGAUACAUUCUGGGGAUGAAUUUCUGUCAUCUGAGGUCAACGUUCAGUUAGUUGUUGUUUUUAUUAUUUAAUCCUGACUGCUGCACAGCUAGGGUAAACAUCCUUGCAUGUCAGCAACACUUGUCAACUUAGGUUAGGUUAUCAUGAAAGAGACUGACAAGGUCUUCCCAGGCCCAAUAUCUCCUCCCUUGAAUGAGACCUGACAGUGAGGUCAAAGUCCGUACUUGUCAACUCUGGUCAUCAUCAAUCCCCUCCUCUGAGAUGUGACAGCUAGUAACAUUGGGGUAAACCUGCUUCCAAUCACAAAGGUCAUUUACAAUUGUGCAUGUUAUCCAAAAGUAAAAAUUUAUCUUAGUUUUAUAUGUUCUUCAAUUCUUGUGUUUGUAUUCAGUAUUUUGAACUUACUGAUUAGUUUUCAAUAAAGAACAGAAUUAA